UCUUCUUUAAGAUCCACAACUCAUUCACUGCUUCUCUGCCAUUGCAGAACCUUGUUGGUGAUUUUCUGUUGAUGAAUCAUGGCCACUCUGAUGAACAAUGGAUUCAUUCUCUGUGUUUUCUUGGUUUCUUUGAUGUUCUUUCAUGCAGUGGCUUAUGAUCCAUUGGAUCCAAAUGGAAACAUUACACUCAAGUGGGAUGUAAUGUCUUGGACUGCAGAUGGUUAUGUGGCUGCAGUGACGAUGAACAACUUCCAAAUGUAUCGGCAUAUCAUGAGCCCGGGAUGGCAAUUAGGCUGGACCUGGGCAAAGAAAGAGGUCAUCUGGUCGAUGGUUGGCGCGCAGGCUACUGAGCAAGGAGAUUGUUCCAAGUUUAAAGGUAAUAUUCCGCAUUGCUGCAAGAGAACUCCAACAAUCGUUGAUCUGUUGCCCGGAGUCCCCUAUAACCAGCAGUUUCAGAAUUGCUGCAAGGGAGGGGUGGUGGCAGCUUAUGGCACCGAUCCUGCGGGUUCAGUCUCAGGCUUUCAGGUUAGUGUUGGUCUUGCUGGCACAACGAACAAGACUGUCAAGCUACCAAAGAACUUCACCCUGCUCGGUCCUGGCCCUGGUUAUACUUGUGGGCCAGCUAAGAUCGUCCCAUCCACCACUUUCUUCACACCUGAUCAUCGCCGGAAAACACAAGCUCUUAUGACCUGGAAUGUAACAUGCACAUACUCACAAUUCUUGGCUUCUAAGAAUCCAAGCUGCUGUGUUUCCUUCUCAUCUUUCUACAACGAGACCAUCACCCCUUGUCCCUCCUGUGCCUGUGGCUGCCAGCACAAGAAUUGCAUCAGUAGCGACUCGAACCUGCUGAGCACAGUGGGAAUCAAUACGCCAAGGAAGGACAACGCACCGCUGCUGCAAUGCACUCGCCACAUGUGUCCAAUUCGAGUACAUUGGCAUGUCAAGCUUAACUACAAGGACUACUGGCGUGCCAAGAUCGCUGUCACCAACUUCAACUACAGGUUGAAUUACACACAAUGGACACUGGUGGCUCAGCAUCCCAAUCUCAACAAUGUCACCGAAGUCUUCAGUUUUGAUUACAAGCCUCUUAUUCCGUAUCAAUCCAUCAAUGACACGGGCAUGUUCUAUGGAAUGAAGUACUACAAUGACUUACUCAUGGAGGCAGGACCAUUCGGGAACGUGCAAUCGGAGGUGCUGCUCAGGAAGGAUCCAAAUACCUUCACCUUCAAGCAAGGAUGGGCUUUUCCUCGGAAGGUAUACUUCAAUGGAGAUGAGUGCAUGCUACCACCACCAGAUUCAUACCCUUACCUGCCUAAUGCUGCCACUCUGCGAGCUCAAACCGCGUUACCUUCAUUCCUCAUCUCUGCAUUCUUGUUGGCUCUCAUGGUUAUGUGGUAAGAAGCUUUAUCAGCAAAGAUACUACUUUGAAAUUUUUGACUAUGUAGAUAAGUGAAUUCUUGGUGUAACACUUUGAGUUAUUCAAUACUUCAAGCCGUUAUCUAUGUUUGCCGAAGUGUAAGAACGUUUAUCAUUA